AUGGUGUCCCAACCAGUCGCGUCGCAGUCGGGCCACAUUUCGCGGGAGGAGCGCGAGCAGGCGAUCGGCGCGGUGAUGCGCCACGUGCUCUUUAAGCACAGCAGCCACCCGGGUGUGCCUAUAUUGAGGGACGAGCUCAAUAAAGUGAUCUCCGCGCAGCUGGCCGGCCGGCGCGUGACGGGGCUGCCGGGUGUGAUUAUAAAGGAGGCACAAGCGCGCUUCCCGGCCGCUCUGGGCAAGCAGCAAGCAGCAGGCAGCGCGUUCACCACUGUGGUGUGCGCGUUGAUUAAAGGCGCUGGAGGAAGCAUCCCGGCAGAGAAGCUAUGGGCGCUGCUGGGGGCAAUGGGGGUGCGGCGGGGGGAGGAGAGGCACCCGCAGUUUGGGAACGUGGAGGAGAGCCUAAAGCGCAUGGAGAAACAGAGGUGCGGAGGGGAGGGGUGGGGGAGGAAUAGAGGGAUUGGGGAAAACGAGGUUCUGUUUAUGAGGUUUUUAGGGCACAGCAGGUGGGGAGAAGAGGCAUCCACAGUUUGGGAACGUGGAGGAGUGCCUAAAGCGCAUGGAGAAGCAGAGGUGCGGCAAAGUGACAGGUUGGGGAAUAGGGGGAGUAGGGGAGGUGAGGGUCUGUUUAUGGGGCGGCUCAAGCAUAUUGCGGGGAAGGAGAGGCACCCGCAGUUUGGAAUGUGGAGGAGAGUCUUAAACGCAUGGAGAAGCAUAGACACAGCAGGUGGGGAGAAGAGGCACCCGCAGUUUGGGAACGUGGAGGAGAGUCAUAAACGCAUGGAGAAACUUAGAUAUGUGAUUUUGGUGAAAGGGGCGCGUGGGGCGGGCGGGGAGGAGGAGUGGGCGUAUGAGCUGGCAGAGCAUGCACGGCAGGGCAUCGGAGCAGAGAAGCUGCAAAAGUUCUUCAACGAUGUUCUGGCACAUUUUCAAGUAGACGAGAACACAGGCCUCACCGAAGCUCAGGUGGAGCAGAGUCGAAGCACCUACGGACGGAAUGGCACGCCCUUCUGGAAGCUGGUGCUGAAGCAGUUUGACGACCUGCUGGUGAAGAUCCUCCUCGUCUCUGCAGUCGUCUCCUUCCUCCUCGCCCUCGCCAACGGGGAGAGCGGCUGGCACGCCUUCGUCGAACCCGCUGUAAGCUCAACGUUGCCCUCAUGCCUUCGUCCUCCUGGUCUCUUCUCUGCCGUCGUCUUUUUCCUCCUCGCCCUUGCCAAUGGAAAGAGCGGCUGGCACGCCUUCGUCGAGCCCGCUGUAAGCCCAUUGCCGCCCUCAAAGCCUCAGGUCAUCCUCCUCAUUCUCAUUGCCAACGCCACUGUUGGGGUCGUGACAGAGACCAACGCAGAGAAGGCAUUAGAGGAGCUGAAGGCAUAUCAAGCUGAUGUUGCCACAGUGCUGCGCAACGGCAGGCUGGCGAUCAUCCCAGCUGCAGAGCUGGUCCCUGGCGACAUUGUUGAAGUGUCAGUGGGCGGCAAGGUGCCUGCAGACCUCAGGGUGCUCACCCUGCUCAGCACACAGCUCAGAGCAGACCAAUCUAUCCUCACAGGGGAGAGUGGGUCGGUGUCAAAGACAAAGCGAACCACACGGUCAGCAGCAGCGGUCUAUCAAGACAAGACGUGCAUCCUCUUCUCCGGCACCGUGGUGACGGUGGGGAGGGUGCGAGCCAUUGUUAUCGCCACGGGAGGGAGGACUGCCAUUGGGAAAAUCCGUGAUGCGAUAUCGGAGUCAGCAGAUGAGAUGACCCCAUUGAAGCGCAAGCUGGACGAGUUUGGCACCUUCCUCUCCAAGAUUGCGGUCGCUCUAGCUGUGGCUGCUAUACCCGAAGGUCUGCCAGCAGUCGUGACCACGUGUCUAGCUCUGGGAACGAAGAAGAUGGCGCGGCUGAACGCCAUCGUGCGAUCACUGCCCUCCGUAGAAACUCUUGGAUGCACCACUGUCAUCUGCAGCGACAAGACAGGCACGCUCACCACCAACAUGAUGUCUGUUAACAAGAUCUGUGUGUGCAGCUCAGCAGCAGGCCCCUUGUGUGAGCUGGACGUGUCUGGAACCACUUAUUCGCCUGAAGGCUCCAUCACUCUGGGGCGCUCGGUGGUGGAGCGGCCAGCCGACAUGCCAUCGGUGCAGCACGUGGCGAUGUGCGCCUCUAUGUGCAACGACUCCACCCUCCAGUACAACGCCACCACUGACACCUACGACCGCAUUGGGGAGGCCACUGAGGUGGCCCUUCGGGUUCUCACAGAGAAGAUCGGCAUACCGGGUUAUUCCGACAUGCCCACAUCCCUUGGUCUCCUCAGCAAGGCAGAAAGAGCCGCCUUUUGCAACAACCACUGGCACGAAACUUUCCACAAGCUUGCGAGUCUGGAGUUCUCAAGGGACCGCAAGCUGAUGAGUGUGCUGUGCAUGAGAGGCGAGGAGGAGAUUCUCUUCUGCAAGGGAGCGCCAGAGGCUGUGCUGUCUCGCAGCAGCCGAGUGCUGACGAACGCCGAUGGCGCUGUGGCUGCCAUGACGCCAGAGAUGAAGGCAGCGAUCGAAGAGCGAGUGUGCAGCUAUGGACGGCAUGAGAUGCUGCGCUGCCUGGCUCUUGCCAUGCGGUCUAUGCCCCAAGGGCAUCAGACCAUCACUCCCGAUGACGAAACCGACCUCACGUACCUCGGCCUGGUGGGAAUGUUGGACCCACCUCGGGAGGAGGUGAGAGCAGCUGUGGAGACAUGCCGGUCAGCUGGCAUUCGCAUCAUUGUUGUAACAGGCGACAACAAGGCCACAGCAGAGUCGGUGUGUCGCCGCAUAGGUCUUCUCAGCCCUCUCUCUGCAGAUGCUCUCAUUACCAUCGACCCCUCCUCCCCCGCCUCCCCCUCCUCCCCCACCUCGCCUCUGCUCAAAGCAAGCACCAGUGGGGGAGCGGGAGGGGGAGAGGAGGGGGGUUAUGCAUCGCUGACAGCGGCGGAGUUUGAGUUGCUGUCGCCGUCGCAGCAGGCCGCUGCUGUUCAACAACUCGUGGCGAUGACGGGCGAUGGGGUGAACGAUGCACCAGCUCUCAAGAAAGCAGACAUUGGGAUUGCCAUGGGGUCUGGCACUGCUGUGGCCAAGGGAGCAUCAGACAUGGUGUUGGCAGAUGACAACUUCUCCACCAUUGUCGCGGCGGUGGGCGAGGGGCGCGCCAUCUACAACAACAUGAAGGCGUUCAUUCGCUACAUGGUGUCCUCCAACAUUGGGGAGGUCGUUGCCAUCUUCCUCGCUGCCGCAGUGGGCAUGCCAGAGACGCUCAUCCCCGUGCAGCUGCUGUGGGUCAACCUGGUCACGGAUGGCUUACCUGCUACUGCGCUGGGAUUCAACAAGCAGGACAGAGACGUGAUGAGCAUUAAGCCGCGAAAGAUGGAGGAUGCAAUCGUCAAUGGAUGGCUGUUCUUCCGCUAUCUAGUCAUCGGAAUCUACGUGGGGCUGGUCACAGUGGCUGCCUUUGUCUGGUGGUACAUGUGGUUUGCCGAUGGGCCCAAGAUCACCUGGACUCAACUGGUCACCUUUGACACGUGUGUGGAUUCAUCUGGUCGCCCGUGCGCCGUGUUCCUGGACCCGCGUCCACGUACCGUGGCCAUGUCAGUGCUGGUGGUGGUCGAGAUGUUUAACGCCCUCAACAACCUCUCAGAGAAUCAGAGCCUGCUCGUCCUGCCACCCUGGUCCAACCCCUGGCUGCUAGCAGCCAUCACCCUCUCGAUGAUCCUCCACUUCCUCAUCCUCUACGCUCCUGCCCUUGCUGUGCUCUUCUCUGUCGGCCCUCUCUCCUGGCCUGAGUGGCGCGCAGUGCUGCUCUUCUCAUUCCCUGUUAUCAUUGUGGACGAAAUUCUCAAGGUCUUCUCAAGAAACAUUUCAGGUGUGGCAUCAGGUGGCAGGUACCAGGUGUGGUACCAGGUGUGGUACCAGGUGUGGUAUCAGGUGUGGUAUCAGGUGUGGUAUCAGGUGUGGUACCAGGUGUGGUAUCAGGUGUGGUAUCAGGUGUGGUAUCAGGCGGGAGGUCUGGCGCCAGCUCUGGACAAAACACCGAUCUUUCUCGCCAUGGCCCGCUACUAUGUCGUCACUUGCCUGCUCGUUCUCCUCGCUACAACGUCUGCCGUUGUGAACGCGGGAAGCGACAACUCGAAUGCGGCGAGCGACAAGGCCGCUGCCGAGUGGGCCGCUGCUGCUGAGAGGGGGAGGGCCACUGCUGCUGAGAGGGAGAGGGCUGCUGCUGCUGAGAGGGAGAGGGCCGCUGCUGCUGAGAGGGAGAGGGCCGCUGCUGAGAGGGAGAGGGCCGCUGCUGCUGAGAGGGAGAGGGCCGCUGCUGCUGAGAGGGAGAGGGCCGCUGCUGCUCAGAGGGAGAUGGCCGCUGCUGCUGAGAGGGCCGCUGCUCAGAGGGCCGCUGCUGAGAGGUCCGCUGCUGACAAGGCUGCUGCUGAGAGGGCCGCCGCUGAGAGGGACGCCGCUGCUGAAAGGGAGAGGGCCGCUGCUGAGAUGGUCGCUGCUGAGAAUGCCGCUGCUGACAAGGCAGCUGCUGACAAGGCAGCUGCUGACAAGGCCGCUGCUGACAAGGCCGCUGCUGACAAGGCCGCUGCUGACAAGGCCGCUGCUGACAAGGCCGCUGCUGACAAGGCCGCUGCUGACAAGGCCGCUGCUGGCAAGGCCGCUGCUGACAAGGCCUUGAAGGCCUUAAAUCGGAUCCGGGGGCGGAAACUGGACGACGAUGACUUGGUCUAA